CAGACAUCAUAAACGCCGGUAUUCGAAGAAACUAUCAACUUAUAUGAAGUUAUCGCAGAAUAAAGCGAGCGUUGGCUCAGUGAGGUUUAAAUACAGGGAACAGAGGCUCGAGGCAGAGGGCGUGGCCGCGAGCGGUGACGUUCUGUGUUUAUGUCAAACUGAGCAGCAAACAGUCAGUCCGGUAACCUGUCAGACCUUCAAACCGUGGACCAUAAACGUGUGCCGUAGUGUCACCCCUGCUCGGGUGCCAUGGUCCUCAGUUACACAUGAGCUCUACUAUGUGGUACAUCAUGCAAAGCAUUCAAAGUAAAUAUUCCUUGUCUGAGCGGCUCAUCCGCACCAUCGCAGCCAUCCGCUCAUUCCCACACGACAAUGUGGAGGAUCUCAUUCGUAAGGGAGCUGAUGUGAACAGGAUGCAUGGCACACUUAAGCCCCUGCACUGUGCUUGUAUGGUCGCUGAUGCUGACUGUGUGGAGCUGCUGUUGGAGAAGGGGGCAGAGGUGAAUGCUUUGGAUGGAUAUAACCGCACAGCACUGCACUAUGCAGCAGAGAAGGAUGAGAGCUGCGUGGAGCUGCUGUUGGAGUAUGGGGCCCAGCCAAACGCCCUGGACGGCAACAAGGACACUCCACUUCACUGGGCCGCCUUCAAAGAUAACCCAGAGUGUGUGAGGGCCCUGCUGGAGAGCGGGGCCUGUCCCAAUUCCCGGGACUACAACAGUGACACGCCUUUGAGCUGGGCAGCAAUGAAGGGCAACCUGGAGAGCGUCAAAGUGCUAUUAGACUACGGAGCCCAGGUCCAUGUGACAAACCUGAAGGGCCAGACCCCUAUCUCCCGAUUGGUGGCCCUGUUGGCCCGGGGCCUGGGCACUGAUCAGGAAGAGGAGUGCCUAGAGCUGCUGUGCCGGGCAGCAGGGCGGUUUGAGAUCCGACGGGCUGACGGCACCCUUCCCAGGGAGCUGAGUAAGGAUCCCCAGCUGCUGGCAAGGCUGACCAACAUGGUGGCUCAGGCUCCUACACUUCGCUCUCUGGCACGUUGUGCUGUCCGGCAGAGUCUUGGAGUGCAGUUCCUCCCCACUGCUGUAAAAGACCUUCCUUUACCAGAGACUAUCAAAGACUAUCUACUGCUGAGAGACUGAGGCCAUGAAACAAUUGGGGGGCUCCCAGAUUUCACUGGCUAAUUAUUAGACAGCUCACCACAGCAUUUACUGGCAAGGAAGUGUCUCAAUUGAAUUAUAGGAUAUUGUCUGACAGUGGCCCUCAUUUAUCAAACCUUCUUGAAAAUGAACACAGGGAGAGAUGUAUAAACUUCUCUAAGUCCUUUUUUAUUACCUUGUGGUUGCACAACAUUUAAAUCAGGAGUGCAGAUUUGAUCAGUUAGUUGUAGGAAGAAGACUGCACCAGUCCAUGUGUCCAUUGUUUCAUAAAAACACCAAAAAAAUAAUGCAUUUUUUGCUUACCUCUGGCCUGUUAAAAAGAAGUCUUGGUGGAGCAAAGUUUUUGUCAGCCCACCCUGCAUGCAGUACAAAAAGAAACCAUAACAUCAGAGUUGUUGGGUGUCAUCAUAGGAAUUGACCUACAUGAAGCUACUUGUCCAAUCAUCCACCUGUUCACAAAAAUCCAGUGCAUCUUUGACAUUUUAAGUAGGCUUAUUGUUUUGUAUGCAAAAUUCACAAUAAGCAUUUAAUAUUACAUUUUUAAAUGUAAUGAAAAAUGCUAUUGUGGUUUGUCACAUAGCAUGAGGAAAAUAUUGAGUUUGGUGGUAAAAUUAGUAUAUGCUCAUUGUGAGAUUACAUUUAAAUGUAAGAUAGGUGUAUGAAUGAGGGCCAUUGUCUAAUGAUGCAGGCUGUCCAGUAAUUCUAUCAGAAGAUGCAGUUCCUGAAGAAGUGCUCAGGAACGAAUGUUAUGCAGUUUGUAUGAUAGUUGGAGUGGCCAUCUCUCUCUCGAUUACAUCCCAGUGAACUCACAAUGCAAUCAUUUUUGCAAUACCAAGGUGGUUAAAAAAACACACUUUGACCAGAACAUAAAAGAUUGUGCCAGGAACAGUUUUAUUUGUUAUGUAAAAGCAACAAAAGGUUGCAGAAUAUUAUCAUUGGUUUCAUAAAAUGUGCCAGGCUCACUAAUCUUGCCUCCAUCGAGUCCUCUGAAAACGUUCAACACUAGUAAAAGUGAGGUCAACAUGCCUGCUGUCAUAUGUGAUUUACUAUUUAUUUGGGCUUUAUUUUAAUGAAGGGUGCAGUUACAGUUGCCAAGGAGGAAUAAAAUGUUCUUUAUUUUUUAUUUUUACAAUGGAUGUUUUCAGUCUUACAAAAGUUUAGGUUUUCAAGGGUGCUCCCUGGUCCACAAAUUUGCAGCAUAUGUUUUUGCUGCAAAAUUAACUUUAUUUUAAAUUAAAUAUUUAAAUGUUAGAACCAUGAAAUGGCAUGAUUACUUUUAAGUUUUUGUUCUAGAAAGAUUCACUUAUUAAGCUUGCAAAAUGUAUUUACAUUUGUUAUGGCAUCUGUCUAUAAUCUGACCAUUUCUGUGCUUGAUUUUGUUUGCUUGUUCUGCUGCUGUAUAAAAAUUAACCCCUUAGAUCAUGUCUUGUGUACAUCUGCAAAAGUGCUUUUUUCUUUGUCAAGGUAAUGAAAGUAAAUGCCUUUUAUAUUCUAUACAUUUAUUUUCUCUCUAUUGUUCUUCACAAAAAAUGAGAACUCAUUAAGUUUAAACAGACAGCUAUAAUACAUCUAUCAAUUUAUAACUAAGCACUAUUACUUUAAAGCUCUGCUGCAGUAGGCUAUGAAACCCCUCUGAAACACUUUGCUGUGUCAUAUUCAAAUUAUUGGCUUGAUUCAGAUUGAGGUUUUAUUUGCAUAGGUCUUUUUUCACAGCAGACAUUUUAACUUGUCAUAGUAUGAAGAGCACAGGUGUUACUAAUAGCAUGAACGAUGGCUCUGUUCUAUUCAAGUGUCACAGUGAGCCAGUAAUACACACACACAAUACUAGGGCCCUGAAACCAAAGCAGCUAAAUGGAAUUCAGCCAUCAUUCAUUUUAUUAUUUGCACCUGUGCUUCUCCUGCACCUUUAAUACAUUGAUACAGGAUUGAAGACCGCUGUGAUCACUUAGUGCCUGUAUAAUUACAGUUUGACUGCACUCAGACUGAAUCACAGUCAUUACAAAGAGAGGGCCAGAGGAGCUCAAAUAUGAGAAACCACAUCAUAAAUUUACAGUCAGAAUUGUUACUUGGUUGUUAGCUGUUUCUGAGCAUUUUCAAAUACUUGGGCAAAAAACUACUCUGGGUGUCUAAUGAACUUAUGAUACAAGAGGGGACAAUAACUAACAGCUAAACAGGAAUUUUAGAUUCAUUUAGACACUGAAAAACAUAUUUACUUUGUAAAAACAGGGGUGAACUAAAUCUUCCACGGAAGAACUUUGGCAAAACAUUAAGGUGAUCAAGAAACAGUUGACUUUAAUUUUACUUUGGUCUCUUGAAAGGAAUACAAAAGCGAACUUUCAAUUCUCAAAUUAUCCAUAGGGGGUCUCUCUAGUCUCUGAAUUCACAUUCAUUGGCUUGUAAACGGCCUCUGAAUGAGAUGCUUAGUGUGAUUUGUAAAUUGGAGGAAAAUUGUAAUGUUAUGUAACACUUGCUGUGGAUUACAUCAGCUGCCUCGUCUUUAAUGCUUUAUGCAUUUCCAAACAUAAUAAGAUUUGGAUAAGGAAAAACUCCCCAAUUUAAACUUCUAAUGAACGUCUCAAGUAAAAGUUCAAUAUCGAUAUACAGUAUCUAAUUCGCUGACCAUUUAGUAUAUAUUAGUAUACAUUUUUGUAUACUAAAUGCACUCAAUGGCUUUUAAGGAAGAAACAUUUUAUUGGUUACAGUUAAAUCAAUAGAGAUAAUGUUGUUUUUGAUGUCUGUACAAUGAGCAGCAGAAGUGACUGUCUUGAACUUACUAUUAUAAGGGGAAUUCUUUAAUCAUAAAGCCAAAUGUACAAAAGAAUGACCUUUUUUCACAGUCUUAUUACCUACUAUUGCAUUAAUGGAAUAUGGCAUGGAAUAUAUUAUUUUGUAUUUUAUGGUGAGUCCUUUUAAGUUACUUUAGUUUAGCCUUAAACACUAAUGUACUUUUCUACUUUUUAUGUGUGUAUUUGGGUGCCUUGAUCUAUUUCUUAGUAGCCUACUGAAGUUUUUGCAUUGCCUACAUGCUGUAGAUUAUACAACGGGUCAAAAAAAGCAAUAAAGUUUUAAGAUGA